AUGCCGUGGCGGGCAGCCGACGCCGCCCGCGCCGACCCCCUCUGGGAGGACCUGGCGCUGCUGUUAGAGACCCUGGAGGAGAAGCAGGUGCACCUGGUGCGCGACGUCGUGCCUCUGUUCUGGAGCUUGUGCGUGCUGCGCCGUGCCUUCAACCAUAGCAACGGCUUCGUCGUGCGCUGGGCGGUGCUGCGCGCGCUCGAGUUGGCGCCCGCGGACGAGGCGGAGGAGUUCGUCACCGCUGCGCUGCUGCCGGCGCUCAAUGACGCCGCGCUCUACGCGGACGUGGACGUGUCGAACGUGGCGUCCGCUUGGGACGCGACCGGCGGAGGCGAAGAGCCGUACCUGUGCGACGAGCUGGCGCCGCCGACCGAGUGUGGCCGCCGACUGCGCGCCUUCCUCGCCGUGUAUCUGCACGGCCCCCGCCUGGCGCGCCGCGCCGCCGGUCUGGUCGGCGCGCUCACCGACCUCUCGUGGUCGUCGGUGGCGCUGCUGUACGUGGCACACGCGCUGGCCGCGGCGCCCGUGGAGCGCUGCCUGGACGCCGCCUCCGCUACGGGCCUCUGCCCCGCGGUCGACAUGCCUCUCGCCCUUCGUCGGACUCUGGAAGAGGUGACGCCGAGUGUGGGCGAGUUUAUCGUGCGGCAGGUGCAGGCCACCACGACCGCCGAGGAUCUCGAGAUGGUUCCGUUCUACGCCGAGUUUCUCGGGGCCGCCGCGGCUGCCCACCUGACCCGUGACGUCACCACCGUCGCCCGUCGUCUGUGCGAGGACGCCGUGGGGUUCGUGCUGGGGCCGCGCGCCUCCCCGGCCGCCGACCACCUGGUGGACAGGGCCGUGCGCGCCGGCGGGGGCCGGCACUUCGCGAACUCGGCCAGCCACCGGCUCCAGCAGCGCUGCUACCAAGCUCUGCUGGUGCUGCACACCGCGCUGCCGCCGGAGGAGCUGGAGCUGCUGUGCGCAGCCACCUGCGAGAGCCUGCUGCGCUGUCACCCGCAGCCCAGCGUGCGCUACAUGCAGGAGUGGCUGGUGGUUUGCUUGUGCGUGCGGCGCCCAGAGUUGCUGGAGCUUGUCUGGACCCACCUGGAGAAGGCGGGUCAGGAGCGCACCGGCAGCAUCAGCUCGUUUGUGGCCAUCCUGACGCACCUGGCGCAGUGCGGCACCGGCGGCGAGGGUGACGCGGCCGAGACGUUCGUGCGCCGCUGCUUCUGCCGCAUCCUGCCCUGGUGCAUGGCGCAACACUUCAACACGAGGGUGUACUCCCAGGUGGCGCUGCAGCGUCUGUGGACGCUGGCCAACGAGCGGCGCAUGGCCGCCAUUUUGUCCGAGUUCGCCGUCGUCUACGACUGCGUCGCCCAGUCUCUGCGGCACGGCAAUGCCAACAAGAACUCGCAGCUGAUCCAGAACGACUUUUACUUCACAGAGUUCGAUCCAGUCCAGCACUUCUCAUUGGAGGUGAUCUUCCUCAGCCUGCCGCGGCUGGCGGGAGUCGAGCCGGACGAGUGGGUGCCGCCCGGGGACGCCACGGACCCGACGGCGGAGGAGGCGGCCGGCUCGCAGGUCCAACGGAAGGCCACGCCGUGGCGCCAGCUGCUGCCGGAGGUGCUGGCCGCCGCGCUGGUGGACCGCGCGCCCAAUCUGGGCGGCCUGUGUCGCACGUGCGAGGUGCUGGGCGCCGCGCAGAUGGUGGUGCCCAGCUUGCAGGUGGUGGCGGACAAGCAGUUCCAGAGCCUCAGCGUCUCCGCUGAGCGCUGGGUCCACCUGACCGAGGUCAAGCCGCACCAGCUGCCGUCGUACCUGCAGCAGAUGCGCUCGGCGGGCUACACCCUGGUGGGGGUGGAGCAGACAUCGGGUAGCGUGCCAGUCGCGGAGUAUCAGUUCCCCGUGAAGACGCUCCUGCUGCUCGGGAACGAAAAGGAGGGCAUCCCGGUUGAGCUGCUGCAGCUGCUGGACGUGUGUCUGGAGAUCCCGCAGCGCGGUCUGGUGCGUUCGCUGAACGUGCACGUGGCCGGCGCGCUGCUGGUCUGGGAGUACUGCCGCCAGCACCGGUGACCGCCGGUCGGCCGGCCGGCUGGGGCGGGCAGCCGGACCCCGCCGACGGCGGCAGAGGAUCGGCAGACGGCGUAGCUGGGUGGAGGGCCCAGCUACCAGGAGGGUGGAGGUGACGACGAGAGGCAAGAGGCGGCCGGCAGUCCCGCGUCCACGUUGCGUCGGGCGGUGUUGGAGCUGCGCCCGGCGCGUGUUGCACCACUCGGGGCGCGGCGAGGCUCUGGCGGUUGAAUUGUUGCAGUGCAGGCCAGAGUGGCACCGGCAGCGGUCCGCUCAGGACGAUCGCGGGGAUUUUUGUGGCGAACGGGUCUCGUGCCGGCUGGAGAAAGGGCCGCCGCAUUGCUCGACCGCGGUGCUGGUGGCCUGCAGGUGCUUCGAUGAGGGAUUUUGACGGUUACUAGGGAAUGGUGGCAUGGGAUUGGUGCACUUCCUCCGGCCGUGUUGCGCUGUCGACAUCAAGCUUGUUCCUGGGAGUUCCGUGUAUUUUUACGUAUCCGUAUCGUUCAAAUACGCCUGUGAUAUGUAUUGCCCGUUGCGUCACUGUUGCCCGUACGUUGCGUAUACAAAACAGCGAUGUUGGUGAUCG